AUGGACCACAUUGUCAUUGGGGAUCAACUUGUAGAACUCAACUUGAUGUUCAUCAGUUUCUCGGAAGGUCUUGCAGCUUUGUUGGGUAGGCAAAUAGGGAACCGCCGCAAACUGAAAUGUCUCGAUUUCUCCGAAUCCAGAUUCCUUCAGGAUGGUCCUUGGCUGUUUGCGCAAGGACUUGCACUCAACUGUACUCUGGAGACUGUCAACUUUGCAGACUGCAACUUGAUGGACGAGUCACUGGCACAUCUUGUCAAUGCCCUCCAUCACAAGCAGCCAUUGGCCAACUUGGAUAUUUCGUUCAACAAAUGUCGAUCUAGGGGGGUAGCGGCAUUGGCCAAUAUGAUCACGCAUAAAGAAUCGCUAAGAGAACUAUCGAUGGGGUUUCAGGCAUUCGGAGAAAGCAAACAAAUUGAGUUACAGCCACUGUUUAUUGCCUUGAGCAACUCCAAUUCCAAGUUGGUGCGUUUGGAGAUUGGGGGAAAUAGUAUUUGCGAUGAUGAUGUACCAUAUUUGAUGGACAUGUUGUGCAUAAACAGCUCUGUCAGCUCCUUGGAUUUAUCCGGGAAUCGAAUAUCUGACGCUGGUAUUCAAGUGCUGUCGGCAAGACUGAAUGAUGUCAAGGGGCUUCGCCAUCUGGCAUUGGAAGAGAACAAUAUCCAAUCUCCUUCAUUGGAGGCUAUGGCCAGAGCUUUGAAGUCCAACCUGAGCUUGUCAGAUGUGGAGCUUGACGAAAGUUUAGGUUCAAGUGACGGUGUCAACCAGGAAAGUUGGAGAAAACUUGCAUACUUUCUUGAUCUCAAUUGGGGCGGACGCCGGUUAAUAAAUGAAGAACGUGACGCUCUUCCUGGAUCACUAUGGCCCCUUAUUUUGGCACGAGCUAGUCGACCACAAGAUUUCAAUUUUGCAAGAGACGUGAAACAGCAAUGA